AUGGAUUCGCCUGUUCUAGUCUGCUGCACUGCGGCUCUGAUCAUUCUAUUCCUACCGUUGAGCGUUUCUGAUGACCGGCUUGUCCCUGGCAAGCCGCUGUUCCCCGGCAACACCAUUGUCUCGGAUGGUGGAGCUUUUGCUUUGGGCUUCUUCAACCUCUCAAAUUCCACUCCAGCCAAGUUGUACCUUGGCAUAUGGUACAACGAUAUUCCUGAGCUUACCGUUGUGUGGGUUGCGAACCGAGAAACUCCGUCCACCAAAAUCACUUCAUCUACACCGAUGCUCUCCCUCAACAACAACUCCAAUCUUGUUCUCUCUGACGGUGGCGAAGGUGGACGUGUCCUUUGGGUGACAAGCACCAUUGCUGCUAUACAAGGAUCGUCUCCCCCAACAGCGGUGCUUCUGAACAAUGGCAACCUCAUCAUCCGUUCACCAAAUGGCACCACAUUGUGGCAGAGCUUCAACCACCUGACCGACACGUUCCUUCCUUCCAUGAAGCUUGGGUUCACGGACGCCAACGAGGAGCACCUGGUCUCUUGGAAGGGCCCCAACGACCCAUCACGAGGGAGCUUCUCCUACGGCAUUGACAUAAACACUUCCCUUCAGAUCUACCUUUUGGAUGGGGUGCGUCCAGUGGGCCGUAGUGCCCCUUGGACGGGGUACCUGGUUACUAGUUUCCGCACAUACCAGCAGGGGAAUGCCAGCACAGAUGUUAUCGUCUACCUAGCCGUCGUCGACAUCGAUGGGGAGAUCUAUGUAACCUAUAGCCUCUCCGAUGGUGCACCGAGAACCAGGUACGUGCUGACUUACUCCGGAGACUAUGAACUCCAAAGUUGGAGCAGCAGGACAUCAGCUUGGGCUAUACUUUGGAAGUGGCCGUCUCCAGGGUGCAGCCGCUACGGAUACUGCGGCCUGAACGGAUACUGUGACGACACUGAGGUUCCCAAACCAACAUGCAAAUGCCUUGAUGGAUUCGAGCCGAGGAGCAUGGAGGAGUGGUCUCGUGGUAGAUUCUCUACUGGGUGCCAACGGAAAGUUCCACUUCGGGGGUGCAGCGACGGGUUUUUAGCUUUGCCAGGAUUGAAGCCACCAGACAAUUUUGUGCUGGUCGGAGGUGAUAGAAGCACCUUUGAGGAAUGUGCAACAGAGUGCACCCACAACUGUUCCUGCAUUGGGUAUGCUUAUGCCAACCUGAGCAGCGGCAGGUCCAGUGGCAACAUGACGAGAUGCUUAGUUUGGUUCGGGGAGUUGGUUGAUACGGGAAAGGUAGGCGAAGUGCUUGGCAGCGACACACUCUAUCUCCGGAUUGCGGACAUAGAUGCAAUAACAGGAAAAAAGACAAAGAACAACCCACUGAGGAUUGCACUUCCAAUACUAGGAGGUAGUGUUCUGGUACUCAUAUGCAUCUCCCUUGCACGGUUAAUAUUCAAAGGAAAGAACAAAAUAUGGAGAAAUCACAAUAAUAUAAGACUGGAAGGUAUGAAUACCUCAGAUGAACUUGGGGAAGAAAAAACUUCCCAUGAUCAAGAAUUACCAUUUGUAAGAUUAGAAGAAAUUGUGUUGGCAACCCAAAACUUCUCCGAGACAUGCGUAAUUGGACAUGGGGGCUUUGGAAAAGUUUACAAGGGAAUAUUAGGAGGUCAAGGAGUUGUAGUCAAGAGGCUAAGUAGAGAUUCUCAACAAGGAACACCAGAAUUCAAUAAUGAAGUAAUUUUGAUAGCCAAAUUGCAACAUAGAAACUUGGUUCGACUUCUUGGAUGUUGUGGCGAAGGAGAUGAAAAGCUUCUGAUAUAUGAGUAUCUUCCUAAUAAGAGCUUAGAUGCUAACCUUUUCGAUGAAUCAAAGAAAUUGUUAUUGGAUUGGACUACACGGUUUAGUAUAAUAAAGGGGGUUGCAAGGGGGCUUCUGUAUCUCCAUGAAGACUCAAGGUUGACCAUAAUUCAUAGGGAUCUAAAAGCUGGAAAUGUUUUGCUUGAUGUUGAUAUGAAACCCAAGAUAGCGGAUUUUGGUAUGGCAAGGAUCUUUAAUGAUAACCAACAAAAUGCAAAUACCCAACGAGUUGUCGGAACAUAUGGCUACAUGGCUCCUGAGUAUGCAAUGGAAGGCAUCUUCUCUACCAAGUCAGACGUCUAUAGCUUUGGCGUGUUAAUACUGGAGGUUGUAACUAGUAUAAGGAGAAACACAGAUAUUCAAAGAAUGGGCUUCCCUAGUCUUACAGUCUAUGCAUGGACUAUGUGGAAGGAAGAUAAGACCAAGGAACUGCUAGACUUGUGUAUCAUGGAUACUUGUUCACCUGACGAAGUUCUACUUUGUGUCCAUGUAGGACUCUUGUGUGUCCAGGAGAAUCCUGAUGAUAGGCCGCCCAUGUCAUCAGUUGUGUUCGUCCUAGAGAAUGGAAGCACCACACUUCCAGCACCCAAGCGCCCUGCCUACUUCGCACGACGAAGUGCUGAAAUGGACCAAAUCAGAAAUGAUAUUCAAAUAUCCGCGAACAGUUUUACACUUACUGAGAUAGAGGGGCGAUGAAAUUAUAAUUCUUUAGCUUUAAAUGUACCAAAGUGUUGUUAACUAAGGAUAAUCUGGCAAAGAGGAAGUGGAAGGGGUGUACUAAGUGUUGUUUUUGUGGUGCACAAGAAUCCGUUGAACACCUUUUCAUAGCUUGCCCUUUUGCAAAACUUGUUUGGCGCAUGGUAUAUUUCGCUUUUAAUCUCCCACCUCCAACUAAUAUUACCAAU